AUUGUUUUUGUUUUGCUUUGAAGAUGUUCGUUUGUUAAGUCUGAAAGUUAAAAUGUCCGCUAUACCCGUGCUAGACUUCGAAAAAUGUGGACUUGAUUCUACUCCAACUAGAAAUGAUUUGGAAAAUGUUGGAACUUUACUUUUUGAUGCUUUGUCUACAGUCGGGUUCGUCUAUUUGAAAAACACAGGGAUUGACAGACAGCAUGUGGAGAAAGUCAACUUCGUCACCAAUAAAUUCUUCAUCGCUUCCACUGAGGAGAAAAAUAAAUCUAAAAGAAACAACGAACUCAACUAUGGUUAUUCUGGACUGUGUGUUGAAAAAGUAAAUCCCAAUCGACCGGCUGAUUACAAAGAAGCAUUUGACGUUAGUGGCAAAGCAUUCCUAGAUGGCGCUACCGAGUAUAAAUGGCCGAACCCCGUUUUAUUCCCAGAGUUUAAAGAAAUAUUGAAGGAAUUUGCCGAUCGUUGCAAAACCCUCACUUUAAGGAUUUUACGAGCCCUGUCUGUUGGAAUGAAGUUAAAAGAUGAAUCUUAUUUUGAGCGUGCACAUUCGCAUUUAAAUGAAGAAGGAAAUCUUACAACUAUCCGCAGUCUUUACUACCGACCUCUACCCCCUAUCUUACCCCCAGGGCAAGUUAGACUGGGCGAGCAUUCGGAUUAUGGUUCCGUAACUCUGCUGUUUCAAGAUAAAGUAGGAGGACUUGAGGUGCAAAACCAGUAUGGAGAAUACAUGGCAGCUACUCCGAUCGAUGAAACAGUGAUCGUGAACAUAGGAGAUAUUCUGGAGUUCUGGACCGAGGGAAAACUAAAAUCAACGAAACAUCGUGUUAUGAUUCCGGACGAAAUGGAAAAACGAAACAUAUCUCGUCGCUCAUUGGUCUAUUUCGUUCGUCCUGAUAAUGACGUCAUAAUCAACGAACGAUUGACCUAUCAGGGCGAAGAAGUAGCAGCAUUUGAAAAGUCCCAACCAAUCACAUCCCUUCAAUAUACGAAACAAAAAUUUGAGACAAGUUUUAAAUAUUAAUCUUAAAAAUGGUAAAUAUUCUUAUUCUUUGACAAUCCGUUUGGCGAAAUUAGUCUCUGAAACUUAAAUUUUGAAUCAACUUAAAACCAAAGACACUUGUACACAACACAAGGUAUAUGUUUUGUGUGGUUUAAUUAAUUAAAAUCAGCUGAUACAUGAA